AUGUUGGAAGCAAGAGGCGACAACUUCGACGGUGUGGGCACUGACCGCCUUAAAAUGGAGCUUCUGAAAGAAAUCCAUCUGAAGGAUAUAGUGCAAUUAUCAGUGCUUGAAAUAAGACACAAGAUAGCGGAACUGGAAGUCAAACUCAAUACUGAUGAUGAAGGUGGUGAAUGGAAAGUUCGUUAUGAGACACAACUUGAACUGAAAGAGCAACUAGAAAAGCAAAUUGUUUCUCUAGAAGAGAAAAUGGAAAAAAUCCGUGGAAAUCCUUCAGAUAGAUUGUCUUCUAUCCGUGUCUAUGAACAAAUGCCAGUUGAAUCCUUAAAUACAGUGCUUAAACAGCUAGAAAGGGAGAAAAGGAUCCUUGAAAAUCAAGUGAAAGACUGUGCACUGAGAUUGGAACAAGAAUCAAAGGCUUACCAUAAGACCAACAAUGAGUGCCGUGUAUACCUAGCUGAAAUGUCACAGGUCUCUGACUCAUACCAAGUUUCUAAAAGGCAACAGAUGGAUCAACUGCCUAGAGUGAAAGAGAAUCUAGUGAAAAUAGAUGCGCCUAGCAAGAAGUUUCUGCUGCCGAGGUCAAAGAGCAGCUUCUUCCCCAGCAUCAUCUACACAGCAGAAGAGGCAGAAAUGGGGUCCCCUCCCAGGCUAGCUCACAGACCAUCCUGGGACAGUGCACCAUGA